CUGGGGAGGAAAGGCCAGAGCCUGGCAGACCCAGGGGCAGGUUGGAGCCCUGGGCCCUGUCCCACCCUGAAUAAAGCAGGCAGGUGUGGCCUCUGGCACCUGACCCACCUCUCCAUAUCUACAGCGCUCUUUCACCCUCAUCGUGGAGGCCUGGGACUGGGACAACGAUACCACCCCGAAUGGUGAGUGAGCCCUGGGCCAGGUGGCAGCGCCUCUCAGCUUCAGGGCACCUGUGGCGGGGCCCAUGUCCUCUGCCUGCUUGAGACAAAGCCUUUCUUUACUCUGAGGAUCAUGUGUGCUGUUUCCCUUUUUGCUCUGGCUGCCAGGAAGCUCUGCCACGUUUGGGAUUUGAAGAGCUGUGCAUGCACUCUCUUCCCCAGUCCUGGCUUUGCCUAUGUUGUUCUCCUAUCGGGUGUGCUCUUUUGGGGCCCACGUCAGUGACUUAGUGGAGGGGACACCCUUGAGUGUCUCUCUGGCUUUGUAGCCCCCUCUACCUGUCUGUACUGGAGCAUGGAGCCUUUGUGGCCCUCUCCCUGAGGCCCACCUGCUAGCUGGCUGACCUGGGCAGGGGCUCUGCAGGGCCCCGCAGGGGUAGUGGGGGAUGACUUCUAUGGGUGGAUGCGGAAGUACCCGCAGGCCGAGGGAGCUGCUCAUGUGAAGGCUCAGACAGGAGCACGCUUGCUGUGCAGGAGGGGCUGCCGGGGCCGGGCUCAGAUCAUGGGGGCUGGCACACCACUGAGAAGACACGGGCUCUGUCUGGCAAGCUCUGGCUGCCUUAUGGAGGGUGGGCUGUGGGGCCAGGACGGAGACCGAGGAGGAGCUGCGCCAUGAAUCUGGGCGUGUCAGGGUGACCUGGACCAGGGGCAGUGUGAGGGAGUGAGGGAGACUCUGGCUGCUCUCAGAAGUGGAGACACAGGGUUGGCCAGUGGGUUGGAGGUGGUGAGAGAGCAGGGCCAGGGCAUCCUGGCUGCCAGCAGAGUGGAGGGGCUGUUUACAGGGCAGGGAUGGUGGCAGGGGUGCCCAGGUGGGGAGUAGCAGCUGUGGGGACCCCAGCGACUCAGGGCAGUGGUGUUCCCUGAGGGGGUGGCAGGGGAACAGUUGGGCUGAGGCCCAAGUAAGGUCGUCAGGGCUCUUGAUGACGUGGGCCUGGAGAGGCUGGGGUGGCCGGGAGGCCCCUUGGGGAGUGACCAGCUCGGUGUCUUCCCAGGCCUUGGCCCAUGAGGCGGGAGAGCUGGGGUCUGGAGGACCUGUUCACCCUUUAUUGUGGAAAACAUUGAGCCUGUGCCGAAGCACAGGGACCGGCAUCACAGACGUUGCAUACCAGCACCAGCAGCUGCAGUGCCCCUGGCCCCUGGUCUCCCAUUGUCUUACCUAAAGUGAGGCUUAGCCGGCAGGUCUCAGGACCUGUGCCUGUCUUGGGGGCCUGAGGGGAGGGUUGUUUUAAGGUGGGGACGGUAGCAGUGUUUGGCACUUCUGGGAGCAAGUCACAGCACAGGAAAGGGGAGGGCAACUGAGCGCCAUGCCUGUGCUGGUGAGGGCUGGACACGGUGCCCAGCUGUGUGCAGGUGUUGGAGCAGGGCUGUGGGUGGGUGGGCACAGGUGUGGGAUACGGGACUCACCCCCUGGCAGCAGUCAUGCCUUCUCUGUGGAGCCCGUGGUCUCGGCAGCCCUCCCUGCAGGACGCCCCGCCCCUAACUGGGCCCCCCAGCCCUCUGCGUUUAGGGUGGGAGCAGGAGCGCAGGCUUGGUGGCGGGAGGGAUAGGCCUUUCGGGGCCCUGAGCUUUCUGUAGCAGUCUGGCCAGGGGCCCUGCCCUCGGAGUGCUGCUGCCGCCUGCUGUGCCCUGGCCUUGCAGCAGCCGCAGACUUCUGCCCCGUCCCCGUUGUUCCUGGAGGCCACCUGGCUGGGCUGGUGUCUCUGGCCUGUGCUGACUAUGCCGCCUCCCCAAGAGGAGCUGCUGAUCGAGCGGGUGUCGCAUGCUGGCAUGAUCAACCCGGAGGACCGCUGGAAGAGCCUGCACUUCAGCGGCCACGUGGCGCACCUGGAGCUGCAGAUCCGUGUGCGCUGUGACGAGAACUACUACAGCGCCACCUGCAACAAGUUCUGCCGACCCCGCAACGACUUUUUUGGCCACUACACCUGCGACCAGUAUGGCAACAAGGCCUGCAUGGAUGGCUGGAUGGGGAAGGAGUGCAAGGAAGCUGUGUGUAAACAAGGGUGUAAUUUGCUCCACGGGGGAUGCACCGUGCCUGGGGAGUGCAGGUGCAGCUACGGCUGGCAAGGGAGGUUCUGCGAUGAGUGUGUCCCAUACCCCGGCUGUGUGCACGGCAGCUGCGUGGAGCCCUGGCAGUGCAACUGUGAGACCAACUGGGGCGGCCUGCUCUGCGACAAAGACCUGAACUACUGUGGCAGCCACCACCCGUGCACCAACGGAGGCACGUGCAUCAACGCUGAGCCCGACCAGUACCGCUGCACCUGCCCCGAUGGCUACUCAGGCAGGAACUGUGAGAAGGCUGAGCAUGCCUGCACCUCCAACCCAUGUGCCAACGGGGGCUCUUGCCAUGAGGUGCCGUCCGGCUUCGAAUGCCACUGCCCAUCGGGCUGGAGCGGGCCCACCUGUGCCCUUGACAUCGAUGAGUGUGCCUCAAACCCGUGUGCGGCCGGUGGUACCUGUGUGGACCAGGUGGACGGCUUCGAGUGCAUCUGCCCCGAGCAGUGGGUGGGGGCUACCUGCCAGCUGGACGCCAAUGAGUGUGAAGGGAAGCCGUGCCUUAACGCUUUUUCUUGCAAAAACCUGAUUGGCGGCUAUUACUGUGAUUGCAUCCCGGGCUGGAAGGGCAUCAACUGCCACAUCAACGUCAACGACUGUCGUGGGCAGUGUCAGCACGGGGGCACCUGCAAGGACCUGGUGAACGGGUACCAGUGCGUGUGCCCACGGGGCUUCGGAGGCCGGCACUGCGAGCUGGAACGAGACGAGUGUGCCAGCAGCCCCUGCCACAGCGGCGGCCUCUGUGAGGACCUGGCCGACGGCUUCCGCUGCCACUGCCCCCAGGGCUUCUCCGGGCCUCUCUGUGAGGUGGAUGUCGACCUUUGUGAGCCGAGCCCCUGCCGGAACGGCGCUCGCUGCUAUAACCUAGAGAGUGACUAUUACUGCGCCUGCCCUGAUGACUUUGGUGGCAAGAACUGCUCCGUGCCCCGCGAGCCAUGCCCUGGCGGGGCCUGCAGAGUGAUCGACGGCUGCGGGGCGGAUGCAGGGCCUGGGGCGCCUGGCGCAGCAGCCUCUGGCGUGUGUGGCCCCCAUGGACACUGCGUCAGCCAGCCAGGGGGCAACUUUUCCUGCGUCUGUGACAGUGGCUUUACUGGCACCUACUGCCAUGAGAACAUUGAUGACUGCCUGGGCCAGCCCUGCCGCAAUGGGGGCACGUGCAUCGACGAGGUGGACGCCUUCCGCUGCUUCUGCCCCAGCGGCUGGGAGGGCGAGCUCUGCGACACCAAUCCCAACGACUGCCUUCCCGAUCCCUGCCACAGCCGCGGCCGCUGCUACGACCUGGUCAACGACUUCUACUGUGCGUGCGACGACGGCUGGAAAGGCAAGACCUGCCACUCACGCGAGUUCCAGUGCGACACGUACACCUGCAGCAACGGUGGGACCUGCUAUGACAGCGGGGACACCUUCCGCUGUGCCUGCCCCCCCGGCUGGAAGGGCAGCACCUGCGCCGUUGCCAAGAACAGCAGCUGCCUGCCCAACCCCUGUGUGAACGGGGGCACCUGCGUGGGCAGCGGCGCCUCCUUCUCCUGUAUCUGCCGGGACGGCUGGGAGGGCCGCACUUGCACGCACAAUACCAACGACUGCAACCCUCUGCCUUGCUACAACGGUGGCAUCUGUGUUGACGGCGUCAACUGGUUCCGCUGCGAGUGUGCGGCUGGCUUCGCGGGACCCGACUGCCGCAUCAACAUUGACGAAUGCCAGUCCUCGCCCUGCGCCUACGGGGCCACGUGUGUGGAUGAGAUCAACGGGUAUCGCUGUAGCUGCCCCCCUGGCCGAGCUGGCCCCCGGUGCCAGGAAGUGAUCGGGUUCGGGAGGUCCUGCUGGUCCCGGGGCACUCCGUUCCCGCACGGAAGCUCCUGGGUGGAAGACUGCAACAGCUGCCGCUGCCUAGAUGGCCGCCGUGACUGCAGCAAGGUGUGGUGCGGGUGGAAGCCUUGUCUGCUGGUCGGCCAGCCCGAGGCCCUGAGCGCCCAGUGCCCGCCGGGGCAAAGGUGCCUGGAGAAGGCCCCAGGCCAGUGUCUGCGACCACCCUGUGAGGACUGGGGGGAGUGCGGCACAGAAGAGCCACCGAGCACCCCCUGCCUGCCGCGCUCCGGCCACCUGGACAAUAACUGCGCCCGCCUCACCUUGCGUUUCAACCGUGACCAUGUGCCCCAGGGCACCACGGUGGGCGCCAUUUGCUCUGGGAUCCGCUCCCUGCCAGCUACGAGGGCUGUGGCACGGGACCGCCUGCUGGUGUUGCUCUGCGACCGGGCGUCCUCCGGGGCCAGUGCCGUGGAGGUGGCCAUGUCCUUCAGCCCUGCGAGGGACCUGCCUGACAGCAGCUUGAUCCAGGGCGCGGCCCAUGCCAUCGUGGCCGCCAUCACCCAGCGGGGGAACGGCUCACUGCUCCUGGCUGUCACCGAGGUCAAGGUGGAGACAGUCGUUAUGGGUGGCUCUUCCACAGGUCUGCUGGUGCCCGUGCUGUGUGGUGCCUUCAGCGUGCUGUGGCUGGCGUGCGUGGUCCUGUGCGUGUGGUGGACACGCAAGCGCAGGAAAGAGCGGGAGAGGAGCCGGCUGCCGCGGGAGGAGAGCACCAACAACCAGUGGGCCCCGCUCAACCCCAUCCGCAACCCCAUCGAACGGCCGGGGGGCGGCCCGUGGGGCGGCGGGGGCCACAAGGACGUGCUCUACCAGUGCAAGAACUUCACGCCGCCGCCGCGCAGGGCAGACGAGGCGCUGCCCGGGCCUGCCGGCCACGUGGGCGUCAGGGAGGACGAGGAGGACGAGGAUCUAGGCCGCGGUGAGGAGGACUCCCUGGAGGCGGAGAAGUUCCUCUCGCACAAAUUCACCAAAGAUCCUGGCCGCUCGCCGGGGAGGCCGGCCCACUGGGCCUCGGGCCCCAAAGUGGACAACCGCGCGGUCAGGAGCAUCAAUGAGGCCCGCUACACUGGCAAGGAGUAGGGGCGGCCGCCAGCUGGACCGGGACCCAGGGCCCUCGGUGGGAGCCAUGCCGUCUGCUGGACCUGGAGGCCAAGGCCAUGUGCAUAGUUUCUUUAUUUUGUGUAAAAAAACCACCAAAAACAAAAAACAAAUGUUUAUUUUCUACGUUUCUUUAACCUUGUAUAAAUUAUUCAGUAACUGUCAGGCCGAAAACAAUGGAGUAUUCUCGGAUAGUUGCUAUUUUUGUAAAGUUUCCGUGCGUGGCACUCGCUGUACGGCAGGAGAGAGCAAAGGGUGUCUGCGUCCUCACCAAAUCGUAGCGUUUGUUACCAGAGGUUGUGCACUGUUUACAGAAUCUUCCUUUUAUUCCUCACUCGGGUUUCUCUGUGGCUCCAGGCCAAAGUGCCGGUGAGACCCAUGGCUGUGUUGGUGUGGCCCAUGGCUGUCGGUGGGACCCGUGGCUGAUGGUGUGGCCUGUGGCUGUCGGUGGGACUCGUGGCUGUCAGUGGGACCCGUGGCUGUUGGUGGGACCUACGGUGGUCGGUGGGACCCUGGUUAUUGAUGCGGCCCCGGCCGCCGGCACGGCCCGUGGCUGUUGGCACACCUGUGGUUGUUAGUGGGGCCUGAGGUCAUCGGCGUGGCCUGAGGCCGGCAGGUCGACCUCGAGCUUGCUGGCCAGUCCGCCCCGCCUGCCGUCUGUGCUUCCUCCUGCCCAGAACGCCCGCUCCAGCGAUCUCUCCACUGUGCUUUCAGAAGUGCCCUUCCUGCUGCGCAGUUCUCCCCUCCUGGGACGGCGGCAGUAUUGAAGCUUGUGACAAGUGCCUUCACACAGACCCCUCGCAACUGUCCACGCGUGCCGUGGCACCAGGCGCUGCCCACCUGCCGGCCCCGGCCGCCCCUCCUCGUGAAAGUGCAUUUUUGUAAAUGUGUACAUAUUAAAGGAAGCACUCUGUAUAUUUGAUUUAAUAACGUCAACAUUCCAGCCUCCCUUGUUCUUUGGGUGCUGUUCCUUUUGCAUUUAGAGUCAGACUGGGGGAGAACCGCGCCGGCAGAGAGGCGUGAGGCAGUGGGGCAUGUGCGGGGUGUUGGCCCACAUGGCUGUGGUGGCUGCGGAGGGUGAGACGGUCCUGCUGAGUCAGGGCCUGCCAGGGCCUCGAACGCAUUGCCAAGUUGGUGGAUGCAGGUUUGGCCAAAACCAUUCUGGGAAUGGGGAGGGGGGUGUCUAGGUGCCUGGCACCUGACCCUGACUACAAACAGCUGAAAACAGUUUUAUAAAAUAGUAUAAAAUUGCUUACCCACGAAUACCUAUCAAAGUCUUAAAGAAUUAACAGUUCAAAAUUUUUAUUCAUUCAUUUAUUCCUUUGUUUUGCUUGUUCAUUCAGAGGCAAGGUCAGCAUUUGAGAGACUGGAGGCAGGAGAGAAGCAGCCCUUCCACCUGGCCCUGGAGCUGGUUUUGCCUCUCACUGCUUGAGCCAACUGGAACAUGGCAUGGUGGCCUCAGGGCUGGGCAUGGAAGGCCGACUCCAAGGCUGACUCCGAGCCGUCUGUCAGUGACGUGCAAGUCUUUAACCUGCUGUGAGGGGCAGGAGGUCAACUGAGUCAAGGAGCAAAGCCAAGAACCAGAUCUGUACAAAAAAGAAGAAAAAAGUCCUGCCAACAGCCUGGAAGUGAGGCUGCCUUGCAGAGGCAGAACAAAUGAAUAAAUGAAUGAAUGAAUAAAAA